CAAUCCCAUCCUUAUAUUCAUCAGCACACUCACUACUCUCGUUUUUCUCUCACCUCUCUCUCCUUGUCAUUCUCCCCAUCUCUUUAAAUUUCGCCAUUUCGGAUUCUCCUUCUUCUUCAUCAUUCUAUAUUCUAAAUUCUAAAUAUUAUAAAUUUGCAUGAACUCCUCUUUUCUCUCUCCCCUUUCUUCAAUUCAAUCACUGGUCGCUGAAUUCAUCUUUUUUUUAAUUGAUUUAAGAAAAGAAAUUCAAUUUUUAAUCGUUUGACUUCGAUUUUAUUAAAAUCUAGGGUUUUGAUUUUCUUCUGUUGUCGACCAUUUUGCUGGUUUUAUCGGGUUGAGUAAUCCGAUCUUAAAAUCGUUUCGGUUUUUAGCCGAUUCAAUUUUGGGUAGAUCGAAGGGAUAUUUAGAAGGGUGAAAUUUGGGUUUGAAUAGGGAUUUAUUUAGGGUUUAUAGAAUUUUUAAUUAGGGUUUGUAGUUUUUUGUUUGGGGAUUUGGGUCCGGAUUUUUGGAAAAGGGGGGUUUUAGUUUAAAAAAGAAGAACAAAAAAACAAUGCUAGGGGCUGGGUUACAGUUUAAUCGGAGUCGAAAUGAUGAUCGGUUCUAUAUUCCAGCGAAAGCCCGAAGAAAUCAUCAUCAAAACCAGAAGAACCCUCAACUUCAAAGAACUCAGAGUGAUGUUGUUAAUGGAGGAUUAGCAGGAGGAAGUCAAUGUACGGAGAAAACUGUGAUUUCCGGGAGCAAGGAACCCGAAAACCGGACUGAACAGACCCCGAAACAAGCUUCCUUGCCGGCUUUCGAACCGGUGGCAUUGCCUUUGAGUAAUGUAGAACGUUUUCUUGAGUCUAUUACUCCUUCUGUUCAUGUGCAGUAUCUCUCCAAGACUACAGUGAGAGGAUGGAGGACUUGUGAUGUGGAGUACCAGCCCUACUAUAUGCUGAGUGACUUGUGGGACUCAUUCAAAGAGUGGAGUGCUUAUGGUGCUGGGGUGCCUUUGGUUUUGAAUGGCAGUGAAGCCAGUGAUUCUGUUGUUCAGUAUUAUGUGCCUUACUUGUCUGGCAUUCAAAUUUACGUUAAGUCGAGGCGCAUAAGUGAGGACAGUGAUGGAGACUAUUUCUGCAGGGACUCAAGUAGCGACGGAAGCAGUGAUUCUGAGCGUGACAGGGGUUUAGCUUACUCAAGGGGUCAACGAAAUCAUUAUAACCAUCCUAGCGAUAUUUCCCUUAAUAUGGACAGAUUGAUAUUGAGAGACCAGCGUACAGGGUUACAAGAGGGCUUUUCAAGUGACGAGGCUGAUUCUGGGACUCCUCAGAGAAGUUUAUUGUUUGAGUAUCUUGAACACGAUCCACCAUUUUGUCGUGAGCCUUUGGCUGAUAAGAUAUCUGAUCUUGCAUCGCGUUUCCCGGAGCUAAGGUCACUUCGCAGUUGUGACGUACAGGCCUCAAGUUGGUUUUCUGUGGCAUGGUACCCAAUAUAUAGGAUACCUAUGGGACCAACAUUGAAAGAUUUAGAUGCUUGUUUCUUGACCUAUCAUUCUCUGAACACACCGAUGGGAGGAGUUCCUGCCGCUCAAUCUCCAGUUGUGAUUUAUCCCAGUGAGAUUGAUGGAAUUCCAAGGAUCUCUUUACCAGUUUUUGGUCUUGCUUCUUACAAAUUCAGAGGAUCCUUGUGGACCUCAAAUAGUGGGAGUGAUCGUCAAUUAGUGAACUCGCUCUCGCAGGCAGCUGAUAGUUGGUUGAGACUGCUCCAGGUCAAUCACCCUGACUACCUGUUCUUCUGUCGUAAUAGAUAAUGUUGAUAAAUAGACUGUUACUGUACAUUGCCUACCAUUAUGGAGGAAUGUCCAACCAUGGGUCUUUCUGAAGGAGAUUGACAUCUGAUUUAGGUUUCAGGUGGCUGAUGAGUUUAGAGUCUUUCUCUGACUUGUUAAAGUCAUCUGUAUAUCAGUGGGAUAAAAAAAACAAAAACAAAAAGAAAACAAGAAAAGACAAAAAAAAAAUAGAAAAAGGAAAAAAGAAAAAGAAAAAGGGGAAAAGGAAAGGAAGGAUGUUAACUACCAGUACAGAUGAAAGGUUAAGGUCCGGCUGGAUUGCGAUAGGAUCAGGGUAGGUUUAGAAAGGCUAAAGGCAUGGGUGAGCCAAACAAGGCUUGCAAUCAGAAGGGACAGGCUUAGUUUUAAAUUUCUGUUUUAACUUUCAACUUUUAAUGUUUUUUUUUACAUAUCUGCAUAUGUGAAACAGGCUCUGUUUUUACCAUUUUAAUCCCUUGCUCUGAUGAUCAGUUACCAGAAAUUAGCUGGUUUAUUGUUUCGUAGGGGAUUUGAUAGGUUGUAACAAGAGUUUAAGAGCUUUUGUGUGGACUUGUUGUUAUAUUAUAUACAUAUAUAAAAAUAGAGUAGUAUUAUAGUGUA